GACAAAGACAGCAGCCAAAUUAGAAGGACUCUGCCCUGACUGAAAGCAAAAGUGAAUGACAGCACAUGAUGGCAGCCUGGACUCUGUGGUUUCUCCUGAUGUGUACUGCCCUUGCUGGGCAAGGGUCAGAGGCUCAGGAUUGUGGAAUGGCACCUCUGAACACAAGAAUUGUGGGUGGUGAGAAUGCCACAGCUGGGGCAUGGCCUUGGAUGGUCAGCCUGCACAUCAAUUUUGCGGCACUUCACAUCUGUGGGGGGACCCUCAUCAGUGACCAGUGGGUCCUCACAGCAGCCCAUUGCAUCAUAUUGAAUUUUCCUAGUGUAUGGACUCUCUACUUCGGACGAGAGACUCAGUCCGGCCCUAAUGUUAAUGAGGUGAACCGCACCGUGUCCCAGAUCAUCAUCCAUCCUGACUACAACAACGAGCUGUUCAACAACGACAUUGCCCUGAUGAAGCUCAGCAGCCCUGUCACUUUUAAUGACUACAUCAGACCUGUCUGCUUGGCAAGUAACUCCAGCGAGUUUCAUAACUCCACCCUCUGCUGGGCCACUGGUUGGGGCUCACGUAACAGGACUGAGCCCCCCUUUGACGCACUGCAGGAGGUUCAGGUUCCUGUCAUUGGAGAAAAUCAGUGCAGUUGUAACUACCGCUCAAAUGUUAACAUCACUGACCAAAUGAUUUGUGCGGGAGAAGAGAACAAAGGAGCAUGUCUGGGGGAUGGUGGUGGACCUUUGCAAUGCAAACAAAACACCAGGUGGAUCCAGGCUGGCGUUACCAAUUUUGGAGUACCUUGUGCCCUGGGUGAUUUCCCUGAAGUCUAUGCCCGAGUGUCUGAAUUCCAGGAUUGGAUCAUGGAACAAGUGGCGGGGUCAAAUGUCAGCUUUGUGUCAUUCACCUCCAGUGGCACCGACCCAGAUGACAGCUUUGUGUGUCCCAGCUUAAAUGCAACCACAGCGGCUCCAAAUAUAACUGCCCCAGUGGUUCCAGUUUUGAAUUCCACAGGUCCUCCAACUACAUCUUCCGCACCAUCAGCUGUUGCAGCUGAGCUCGGAUUGAUUGUCAUCUUGGUGACAGUGUUCCUGCAGCACAUUGUAGCUACCUAGCAGGGUUUUGCGCACACAACUUCUUUAUGUCUUCUUCUGUUGUGUUGGGUUAUGUUUGUCUUUUAAAUCAUUUAGCAAAGGUUGAUGGUGAAUGGUGAAAGUGUCACCACACUGUAGAUGUGGAACAAAUUUUGGUCUCUGCUGAUUUUUUUUUUCUUCUGCAUUGCACUUAAUUAUUUCCUACUGGCCUAUUUUUACGUACCACAAACUUCACUGAACAUACAGCACAUCUUCUCUAACAAGGCAAUCAUUCUUAUAGAUGAUGGUAUAGAGCCAUCCAUGUUAUCAGUGUCAUCACAGUGCAGUUAAUAAAGCAUUGUCAGGUUUUUCUCUAUCAGUCACGAUGGGUUAAAAUAAAAGACUAACUUUAAAAUCUGCCCUCUGUAAAUGUGAUGUGUAAAGCUUGACAGGCAGAUAAAUGCUUCAUAGCAUCAAGACAAAGCAUACAAAAAGCAUAACUCUCUGCAUGCUUGUAACAUGUACACACAAAUAUACCAACUCAAUCUUCAAAAUGAAUUGCCUCUCACCCUUUCUUUCAAAUCUAUAACAGAUUGUAUGUAUUUGUUGUAUACUUAAGUUCAAAUGAAGUAUAUGGGAUUAUAUUUUAACAUGCAAUUAAUCAUCUUUCCAUUUAGUUACAGGGCUGGGGAGUAACAACAUAAGAGAAUGACAGAAAUAAGAGUGACUGUAUUCUGUUACAGUUACAGUUUUAAUUAGUUAUAUUCUGAAUACUGUCUUUAAGAUAGAUUACUUUAAGUAAUUAUUGUUUUUGUUUUUUGCUCUAACACCAUGUCCUACAUGAAUGCGGGGUGAACAAGUGUCAGUUUGAUUGCAUUGUUUUCAACUGAAAUUUUCUAACAGGAUGCAAGCGACGCAGCGCUGCUGUUUUGAGGGAAGCUUUGUCAGACAUCCUGUUUCUAUUUAUUAGCUGAAACUCUCAGCUCCCUAGCAGUCUUUCUCCAGCCAUUCUCCAGCCAGCUGCCACCUUGUUUAAUUUCUUUUUGUUGAAAUGUGGAGGUGUCGUAUAGGUAACUCAUUUCAGCUUCACCAGUCCUCUGUUCUUCGUCCAGAGUGGAGCUUUCAAAGCAAGCAACGGGAUGAAGAAUGGCUGAUUCUAACAUCUCAUUUAGCUACAAAAACCUAAACCCAGAUGGCAGCUGGCUGGAAGGUGAUCGCCAGGGAGCUGAAAGUUUCUGGUAGAUGACCAUCACUAAUAACAACCUACUUGCUGCUGGCUACUUGUCGUUUCCAGUAAAUAGCACAGUCUAAAAGUACAAACAUAGAAAGAUACCAAGUACUCGCCCAUCUCACCAAAGUGGUUACGUCGCCAGUGAAGCACACAGCUGAUGGGUACAUGGUUUGUUUACAUGACGUAACAGAAGCUCAUAUUCAUCAGAUUCAAUGUGGACAGAGAGCUACACUCACUUGCUGUUAGGACAUGAUGUAAAAUUCAUAUACAACACGCUUUACCAAUAAACAGGUUUUUAAAAAAGUGUUUGCAGUGAACCUGCCACAGGACAAUGGCAGAGGAGAUGCACAGCCGGGACACUGUCGUCUGUUUUUGGCACGGCACAUAAGACCCAGCCAAAUGACCUCAGUGAGACGGUUUUGAAGUAUUCUACUAGUGAUCCAAAGUAUUUAGAAUAUAUUACUCAGUUAAGGUAAUGGAAUAUGUUACAAUUUACAUGUUAGGGCAUUUACUCAGUUAUCUGUAGUGAAAUACAUUUUCCAUUCUUUAAUUUUCUAAUUUUCUCUAAGUCUUUACCUUGGUGACAUGUUAUGACGUUUUAGUUUUUAAAUGUGUUUAGUUUUACUGUAAAUCACUAUGUAACUGUAUUUUGAAAGGCACUAUAUAAAUAAAGUUUAUCAAUUAAAAGUAA